CCAUCCCUCACAUAGUCUCCGACCCUGGUCCACAAUGGGUUACAUUGGAACGAGACCUUUUGGGCAAUCAUGAACUCCCUCACCUGCUUUGGACACCUCCACGUGCCAGGCCAACCCUCCUCCUACUCCCUACACAAUUGCUACUGCUGUUCCAGAUAUGGCAUAAAUACAGGCCCAGAUUGGGCAGCACCCCUAGCCUCUCCCUGGUGACCCCCCUCGGGGCCAUGCCCUACAUUAUCCCUACAUUUAAUUCUGCUCCAUGGCACCUAAGAAGGGUGACGCACCUCUACCACCUCUUCGCUGCUGACAAGCUUCUAGACUUCCCUAGUCUAAGGGAAAAAUUUGCGCUCCCACACUCCUCGCUCUACUCAUACUUGCAACUCAAAUCUUACCUGUAUAAGGAAGCCACACGCCACCCUGACACCCUUAGAGUCACCAAUAGGAUCACUGAAUGGGAACAAAUGUGUUUAUCGGCUAAACUAUUACCACAUUGUAAACCGAUCUCCAUGUGCCUCAGCUCCAUGACUAGCUAUAACCAUUUUUCCACCACUAAAUAUGCUCGACAAUGGGAGAGCGACCUAAAUUGCCCAGGGCCACUUAAAGCCUGGGAUACAAUUUUCACAAACCCACUCAAAUUAUUAAAAUCAUCAGCCCUCAUAGAACAGCACCAUAAAAUUCUGUACCGGUGGUACCUAGUACCAACCAGACUACACAAAAUAUUCCCCUCCACCUCCUCACAAUGUUGGAGAUGCCAUACGCAGGAGGGUUCGAUGUAUCACAUUUGGUGGAGUUGUCCGCGGCUCCUUAACUACUGGAAUGAGGUCCAUGACUUGAUCCAAGAUAUUACCCAACACCCUCUCGAGUUCACUCCGCUAACAUGCCUAGUUCUUGAUCUCCCUAGAGUGCUACCCCAACAUGUAAAGAAAAUGAUGUUACACAUCGUCUUAACGGCGCAGCAAUUGAUAGCGAGAAGGUGGAAAUCCACGCUCCUCCCUAACAAGGAGACCCUGAUAGAGGUACUACAUAAACAGUGGAUUUACGAGACAUCGUAUAAAUCCUUGUUCCCUCCUUCUGUACUCUACCGGAAAACUUGGGAGCUCUGGCAAACAUGGAGAUCUG